AUGUUGGCGAGCGGCCUGAGCUCCAAUGCGGCAUUCAGGCCGGUAUUUGGGAGUCAGACGGGCUGCAGGAGGAGUGUGCGGCCUCAGCACAUCACCAUUGUGGUCGUGAGGGCAGAUAGUGGCGGCUUCAAUCCCUUCCGGCGCAAGGAUGGGGAUCAACAGGACGCCGCCAAGAAGGCGCUGCAGGAUGCCUUCCAGGGCAAGAAGAACGUGUUCAAGGAUGCCGAGGACCUGGCUGCCAAGCGCGCAAAUCGCGAGGAGUGGAGCGGCGACUGGAGGUCGUGGCUCACCGACGCGCGCCAGGGCCUGGUAGGCUUCAUCAAGUUUGUCGCCUCCAGCACCCUCUUCGUGUUGGUGCUGGCCAGCUUUGCGCUGUGGAAACCUGCCCUCCAGUCCAUCGCCAAAGUGUUUCGAUGGGCGUUCCGCCUGGACAGCAAUCCCCGUGCCCGGCUGAAGGCAGAUGAGGCGGCCCCAGAGGUCGACCUUUCAAAGAGCGGCGACGAGCUCGGUGCGUCGCGCAGGGGCAUUGUGGGAAACGGCAUGGGGCUUUCUCUGCUCUUUGUUUCAUCCAGGGGCCAUAAACCUUGA